CUAGUUGAGACUGCGCUUCCGCGUUCUUCUCAACGGAAACGUGCGCUGCUGGUAAACAACAUGGCUACAGGGUCCAACAGUGGGGGAAGCGAGCUACAAAAAGAGUUGAUUUGUGCCAUCUGUCUUGACUACUUCAACGAUCCUGUCAUUCUGAAAUGCGGACACAAUUUCUGUAAAUUCUGCAUCCUUAUGCACUGGGAGGAGAAUGGAGGAGAUGACGUCGGUUAUCAAUGUCCGGAGUGCCGAAUGAUAUUCUACAAGAUAAGCUUCACCAAGAACUACCUGGUAAAGAACCUUGUUGAUAAGCUGAGCGACUUGGAUUGCCUGAAGCCCUGCAACCCGCCGGCCCCCUCCAAGCCGGUCAAAGUGGACGGGAAAUGUGAGAGACACGGCGAGGAGCUGAAACUGUACUGUCACACGGAUAACAAACCCAUCUGUGUGGUCUGCAGGGAGUCCAGGACACACAGACACCACGAUGUGGCUCCCGUGCCUGAGGUCCUGGAGGACAUGAAGAGCGAGCUCCGCCUGAGGCUGGUGAAGCUGACAUGGCAGAAGUCUGUCUGUACCAGGGUGAAGGCUAUAGACGAACAGACCAAGAAUGAAGCAAAGUUAAAGAAGAAGAAGCUGAAGGAGAAGAUCGAGGAGGACGUGGGAGCGUUGGUCCAGUUCCUGCUGGAUGAGAAGGAUGAUCUGCUGGAGGCUCUGGACGCUGAGGAGGUGGCGGUGUUGGAGGUGAUGGAUGAGAACCUGAGGAGGGUGGAGGCUGAGAUGGCUGCAGUGGACAAACACAUCGCGGAGAUACACAACCACAUCAGCGGAAAAACCAGCUUUGAGAGCAUCACUGAGACGUACACCAACCCUCUAAAGGUGAACCCUCUCAUUGCAUCUGUUAACUCUCCGGGUGACUGGAAUGAAUUCUCUGGACCCCACCAGCUGAUCUUAUGGAAGAGGAUGAUGCACGUUCUGCACACCAUGCCCCAGAAUCUGACCCUGGACCCAGACACGGCCCACCCUAACCUGGCCAUCACAGACUUUGACACCAAGGUGGAGGAGGUUCGGAGCCGGAGCCAGGAACCAGACCUGCCUCAGCGCUUCACCCGCUUCUGUGGCAUCCUGGCCACGGCGCGCUACUCCAGUGGCCAGCACUACUGGGAGGUGGACGUAAAGGACAAGGGUGUGUGGUACCUCGGGGUCACGGGGGAGUACAGUCCCAGGAAGGGAUUCGUCAACCUCUGCCCCUCGUCUGGCUACUGGAGUCUGAGCCUUCAGGACAGGCUGUACGCCAACGAAGAGGACGCCAAGAUUCCUCUGGCCGACUACUGGAACUCCCCACGCGUCGGCGUCUAUCUGGACUAUGACGCCGGCCGCGUCUCCUUCUACGACGCCGUCACCAUGAAGAAGCUGUACAUGUUCGACGCAUACUUUGAUGAGCCAGUGGCUCCCUUCUUCAGUCCGGGAAAGAACGAUCCAGGAAGCAGACUGCAGAUCUGUCAUUACUACUGAGGCGAGGGCCUCAUUUAAAUGCGAGACAUUGUGCGUACUUGCCUGGGUUGAGGCCCAGACCUAUUGGCAAUCCUCAGAGAGGGUUGUUCUUAGGCUACCUAUUGCAGAUACAGCUUCGAUGAUCUCGAUUCAGCUGGAGUUCUGGAAUGGUACCGAUUCCACUGUGGCUUUGCUGAAGGUUCCAGGGUGCCGUAUUCAAACAUUGUGAAUCUAGAAUUUCUAAAAUGAAAGACUGAGAGCCUCAUUCCUCUAGAUCCCAAUGUGUCCUUCAUUUAAAUGCUGGUAGUGAUCUCACUUAUGUUUUGCUUUGUUUUUAGGGGAUUUGUUUUUCCCAUUAACCAUGAAUUCAGAGAAUCCCUUGUUGGUUCUAUGAGGCAAUACACAAUCUAAAAAUGUAAUAUUUAGAAAGGAACAUUAAGUUCUUUGAGAAACCCAUUAUCUAAAAAUACAUACCCUCCUGAACAGUUUCAAUUUGAAGAAAAACUAAAAGGUUCUCCAGAAAAAUUAUUUUCAGAGGGGAGGGAUGCUUUGUAACGGCUACAUAACAUGACAUUGAAACAUGCUGGUCUUUAAUGCCUUUGUCAUAAAACACACCAGAACACCCCAUGACAAUUAUCAGCACCUGUGUUAUAGAUCCCUGUUGGUUGUUGAUGCAGUUGUUUUAACAUUAUAAUCUGAACAUUUCACAGAUAAGGACAACCAACAUUCUGGUCAGCUGUGAUGGGCCGGUCAAAUGCUACAUUAAACCACUCAUUUUCUCUGUGUGUCUCAAGCUUUGUCCAUGUCAGAAAUGGCACCAUAUUCCCUAUAUGGCGCACUUGCUUUCACCAAAUUGAUGCCGUUUGUAGUGUCUAUGAGCCAGUUUGCGAUACAAACACUUCCAGUGACGUUUUCUGUAUAAGCAGCUGCAAGACUUGCUAGGUUCGGUUGAAAGUAUUGCGCUAUAUUGGGAAAAAGAGUGCUGCUGAAUUCAUCUUCCAGGUUUCCUUAAGAAGUACAUACUUCUUACCCUGAUUAAUCAAGAUGGCUAAUAAUGAAUUGUAUUUUUUAUUUUAUUGUAUUACAUUUGUAUUGUUGUAAAUUACCUUUUUUCACGUUUUUAACCUGAGUAUUGCUGUUACAUUCAGUUUAACAUAUUGUCACGGAUUAAUCGAUCACGCUUUUUCUACAUUUGUUUUCUCAGUAAACCAAUCCUGAGGGUUUUCUGAGCUCUGUGUCAUUCAUGCCAAGGUUUAAGUGCCAGUAUCGUUUAGUUCGGUGCUUAAUCAUGUGGAGAAAUUUUACGUUACAAGGAUAGAAUGUUUUCUUUUUUGUAUCCGUCCGUUCGUCGCAUUUCUCUGGUUGCUAAUUUGUUCAUUUAUGUGUGGCAGUCUUCACCAUCUGCAUUAUGACUAGAAUGUUCUAGUUUGGGUUGAGUUCAAGUAGAGGAAUACACAGGUGUAUUAUGUUAACCUUUGAAUGUUUAACCAUACAGGUCAAUUUAGACCCCACGCGGUCACAAAUAUUGUAAUAGCGAAACCCUUUUUAAUCUUUUAUGCCAAAAUGUGUUUUAUUUACCUGUGGCUAUCAGUGUAGCCACAGUAAUUUACCUGUGGCUAUUUCUUUGUCGUUGUUUUUUUCCCCCCUUCGUUUUAAGAAACCAUGAUUGUUUUAAAUAAACGAUGUCGACGUGUAGUCGGGCCAUUUUGAGUGAAUGGCUCAAUUUGAAUCAUUUUGUUCCAUGUUGUCAUUGGUGUGCAUUACCAAUGCAAUAAUGCAGGUCUGUUGUGUCAAUAAUAAGCAAUUGUGAAAUAAAACAUUGCGGGACAUUUGCA